UGAAUACGAAACUUGUGAAGGAUUUAGUUUUCUUUUUCCUGUGACAAUGCAAACCAAGAAGAGACUUUCCGGGAGGAGUAGUUGUAGAGAGAAUGGAAGCACUAGGGUGUCCAGAACUCAGAGGAAAGGAUUGGAGAACACGCAUGUUGGUCAAAAGAAAGCUACAGAUCUAAUAACAUCUUCGGCAAGAAAGCCGAAAUGUGGCACAUCUGCAAAGAAACUUGUAGAGCCUGUGGGAGGAACAGAUUUGGACACCAGAUCUGGCCUUGCCAAUGACAAAGCAUCCAGUGUUCCUUCUGAUUGUGAUGUGGUGAAUAAUGAGGGUUGCUAUGUUGGAGCUACUGAACAUGCAUCUGAAACUAUAUUUUCUCCUGGUCAUCACAAUGAAGUUGACUUUAUCAAAUCAUUCCGGACUGCCGAGCAGGCUUCUCUACAAGAUAGUGUCACAGGGUAUUCGACCAUUGAUAUAACAACCUUUUCAUCUACUGUUGAGGAUAGCAUAUCAGAUACAGAGGGAGCUGGGCUGUCAUCUGAAGUUUCAGCCAUAUACCUUGCCAUGAGGAAUUCAAAGCUUGAAUGUGUGGACGAGCAUGGACAAGAUCCUAUGUCGACUGAUGUGUGCUUGGAAGAGGAUGAGUAUGAAGAGUUUGAGGAUUUUGACCCGUAUUUCUUCAUUAAGAACUUGCCUGAAUUAUCCUCAGUGGUCCCCACUUUCAGACGUGCUUUGUUGCCCAAGCAGACUCGAAGUUGCCCGCCAACCACUCUCGUCUUGGACCUGGAUGAAACUUUGGUGCACUCCACUCUAGAACCAUGUGACGAUGCUGACUUCACAUUUCCCGUGCACGUUAAUCAAGAGGAUCAUAUGGUUUACGUUCGGUGUCGCCCUCAUCUUAGAGAUUUCAUGGACAGAGUUUCUACUUUGUUUGAGAUAAUCAUAUUUACGGCUAGCCAGAGUAUUUAUGCAGAGCAGCUUCUGAAUGUUCUAGAUCCAAAAAGGAAAGUGUUUCGCCACCGUGUCUACCGAGAAUCUUGUGUUUUUGUGGAGGGGAACUACGUCAAAGAUUUGACAAUCCUUGGCCGUGAUUUGGCUCAUGUUAUCAUAGUUGAUAACUCCCCGCAGGCCUUUGGAUUCCAAGUAGACAAUGGCAUUCCCAUAGAGAGUUGGUUUGACAACCGUGAUGAUCAGGAACUGCUCCUGCUACUUCCAUUUCUCGAAACCUUAGCACGCACCGAAGAUGUUAGGCCUGUGAUAGCCGGGAAAUACAAUCUCCGACAAAAAGUUGCUGCUGCUACUUUCCCUUCUCUAACCUCAUUUGGAGAUCCUCUCGAAAGGUAAAAAAAACACUCCCAUUCGUGUACUUAAAGCUCUGUUGUAUUUCUAGUGGUGGGAACUGGGAACAAAGGAGAUUUUUUCCAGAUUGUACAAUGGACAACAGCCCUUGUAUUACUUUCCUUUUUGGCUUCUUUCACAUAUUGGACAAC